UAUUUCUGGUUUGUGGAGGCUAUUCUCAUCUGGUGUCUUUAUGCUAUAUGCAACCAAUCCAAGCUCCUACUUCAUGUUUUAGUGGGAUUAUUCUUGCCCAUUCGUCGCCCUCUCAAUCGGGACGGACAUCUAUCUAUACAGUCGACAGCAACGGUGUUCUCAGUGAAAGAAAUCAUAACUCGACAUGCCAAAUAUUGCACUCUUUCCUUCAACAUAGGACCUAUGCCUGCAAUCUAUACUUCGAUCCCCAUUGUGUGCUAUGACAUCUUACUAGUUGUUCUCGCGGCUGCCAUCCUCGCGAGGCACUUUAAGGAACGGAGGGAAACCCAAAUGAGGGCUAAUACAUAUAUGGUUAUGAUCGUUCGGUAUCAUAUCCUGUACUUUGCCCUGAAUUUGACAAACCAAAUCUUAUUGGUUAUAUUAUGGGCUCAUAUUCUGGUAUGAUACUUCCAAAGGGUUAUACAGAGAUAACUAACAUGCGCACUCGUACUACGUAGACCCCAGCGAUGAGUCUCUCAGCUUUUCAACGAUACUGCGCCAUUUAUUCUCGCGCCCCGUCUCAUCAUCAGUAUUUGGGAUACACAUGCCCAUGAUGACUGCGUAGAAGUCAGCACGACUGUUCGAGGACUGUGUAUGUUGGACUUCUCCACUGAGGUUC